ACCUCUCGAGGUCCCUUCCAGUCCUGUGAUUCUAUGAGAUUACAAGAAAGGGAGGAGGCCAGACAGAGGGCAAAGAGGGACCAAAGUGGGUGAUCAGAACAGGGGUAGUAAGGGAGGAGGAGGAGAAGGGAACAGAGAGCAGUGCAGGGCCAGACAGGAACAGGAUGAGGGAGAAACAGGUGUCAAAAUAGGCAAAGGGCUGUUUUUAGAGAGGGUUUGGGGAAUCACAUGUGGGACAAGGAGCCAGACAUGUGCAUCAGAGAGAUGGGAGGGAGAUGAGGGAACCAGAUCAGAGGAGAGGGUGAUGGGGCUAAUCAGAGAGAAGGCUAGAAAGCUAAACUAAUCCUAAACCAAGAGAAUGUGUGUGUGAGUGCUGAGGGGUAGAAGUUGGGGAUUGGAUGAACUGGACCAGUGGUGAGGGUGUUAGGACAGUGUCAGAUCAAAACUGGUAUUUGUAUACAAUCCUUUUCCAUUUCUUUUUUCCUGCUGGUGUCUCUUCCCAUCUCUCUCCCCUUUCUCUCUUCAGCAGGUUGAGUUUUCCUCCCUCUCCUCCACUAUGUUUCAUUGGGGCUGGAAGAUGUGACUAUGAGAGCCAAUGUCUGGUGGUGUCACUGACCUGCAGGCUCUGCAGAGCCACCUCCAGGCCAUGGAGCAAGGGAUGGGAGAUGGCAAGCAGCCAGACGAUCACCCACUGUACAAACUGCCUGAGCCUGGGCUGGAAGGUGCUGUUCUCUGCAGCCCUGACUUCCAGCAGCCCCAGGAGCUGGAGCUCCAGGAGUCCCGAGGACACGCCCCCCCAGAAUGUACCAGCACCCAACCUCACGGAGCCCUGAGCAGCCUUGGGAGGCUCAGCCACUCUCUGCUGUGCGUGGAAGAGGAGAUCAAGAACCGGAAGAGACCCAGGCUCUCCAACGGACCCCAGGCCAGUCCCAGCCUUGUCUCUCACUUCCCCCGUGUGCUGAGCGGGCCACAGCCCCAGGGCCUGUCCCCCUUUGGACAUGUCCUUCAGAGCAGUAGCCUGGAUCUCCACAGGAGACGUCCUCAGGACGGGCUGCCACACACCAGGACUUUGGACAAUCCCAGAGCCGCGCAUUCUGGGGCGUCAGUGCUCUACAGGCCCAGCACAGAGCAGCUGGAGUCUCCAUCCCUGAAUAACGGACUCGAGGACGGCUGCCCAUGGAGUAGCCGAGUUCUCUCAGGAGGCAGCAGCAUUAGCAGCCGAGUGAGCAAGGUGACGGGUCUAUAUGCUGAGCUGGUCAAGGAGCUGGAGCUGCAGAUGUCCGAGCUGCGGAAUCUCCUCGCCUCUCGGGAAGAGGCCGCCAUGUGGCAGGAGAGGAGGAUCAAGGAGUUGGAGCUGGAGAAUCAGCAGCUGAAGAGCCAGCUCCGGAACCUAGAGGAGCAGAACGACCUCCUCUCCAGCAGGAACGGGGCAGGGGCAUCGGUGGGCAGGACCGUGCUGGGGUCCGGAACCAGCGGUGUUGACAUCAACGAGAGCAACAUCCAGUUCCUGAAAGGCCUGGUGGGGCUGCUGGAGAGCAACGCAGCAUUGCAGGCCAAUAGCCUCCAGUCAUUCACCUCUCCCACGGUGGGGGAGCAGAGGUGCACCCUAGCUGAAGUCUCAAAAAGCCCCCCGGUCUGGAGGAUGCGAGCUGGGGUCCCAAGCGGCUUCCCACCCUGGCUGAGCACAGAGGACGGCUCGGGAAGCCCCGUUACGCUCAGCGACGCCACCUGCUUAUGGGAGGAGAACAUACAAGAUACGCUGCCCGAUGGCACCCCGGUGUGGGCAUCACCCGUGGAGGAGAAUGGGAGGCCCAAGCUGGAGCUGAUCCCCAACUCAGGGGUCUACAUCACCCACCACCAGCUAGACGACCUCUCGCAGGUUUCUACCGACAAGCCCAAGCUGAUGACCAGGCGCCUGCUGGAUUACUUCUUCUCCCGGGAGAUGCUCGCCAGGUCUUCGGCCACCGGCCAGCGCAUCGCCCAUAACAACACGACCAUGGAGAAACCCAUCCGCCUACCGGUCGCAGUGGUAAAUGCUAUCAAAGAGUACGUCACCAAAGUGUGCGGCAAGAGCUGCAACUUCAACGCCGUGAUCAACAGCAAGUGUGGCACCUCCCGGAGGGCGGUCAAGAAAAUGAUCAUCAAGAUGGAGUAGACGGCGCCUGGGCCGGGGCCUCCCAAAUGUCCAACGGCGAACCAGCUCCGAAAACGCUCCUCAGAGGAUCUGUCGUCGCCCCCACUCCAACAGACACUCGGGUGCUGGCAGCCCAGGUCCCCUCCCAUACAGCUGCUUUGAGGGUUAGCAUGGUGGAGAUAACGCGCCCCUCCUGGCAGACUUUACAGGGGCAGCAGUGGUGCAGCUUGAGCUCUCAUGCACCUAGUACGUGCCCUGUGGGGCCUGAAGCACCUGCUGUGUGGCCAUCCUGGGGCAGUCAGUCCUAGCAUGCAGACCUCGGAGCGUGCAUUCCUGGGGAAGG